ACUCCGUCAUCGCCACUGUAGAGGAAGAGCGCAGCGACAAUAACAACAACACGACUGCAGUUAUUGCCUAAUGUCAGAUAUCACAUUCAGUUUGAACAUUAUAAACACCGUUUACUGUCAUCAUACUACAUCAGGGAAACUCAUUAAUAGGUUAAUGGGUGACUUGAUAUAAAUCAUAUCUGAAGAUUUUAGAAAAACUGUAAAACCCUCUCUGACGUCAUGGCCCAGCAGAGAGGAGUCAACAGUCUGCAAUUUAACCAGGACCAGAGUUGUUUCUGCUGUGCCAUGGAGACCGGUGUUCGCAUUUACAAUGUGGAACCCUUAAUGGAAAAGGGGCAUUUAGACCAUGAGCAGGUGGGCAGCAUUGCCUCAUGUUCAAUGCUUCAUCGAUCAAAUCUCUUGGCUGUUGUUGGAGGCGGAGUCAAUCCUAAAUUUUCUGAAAUCUCAGUAUUAAUAUGGGAUGAUGCUCGAGAAGUGCGAGACCCCAAAGACAAACUUGUGCUUGAGUUCACAUUCACCAAACCAGUGCUCGCUGUGCGUAUGAGACAUGACAAAAUCAUCAUUGUGUUGAAAAACAGAAUCUACGUUUAUAGUUUUCCAGACAACCCUGUUAAGCUAUUUGAGUUUGACACUCGGGACAACCCAAAAGGUUUGUGUGAUCUGUGUCCUAGUUCGGAAAAGCAGUUGCUUGUUUUCCCUGGACAUAAAUGUGGCAGUCUGCAGUUAGUGGAUCUUUCCAACACAAAACCUGGAACAUCUUCAGCUCCGUUCACCAUCAAUGCCCAUCAAAGUGAGAUCGCCUGCCUUGCACUGAAUCAGCCUGGCAGUGUGGUGGCCUCCGCCUCUCGAAAAGGCACUUUGAUCCGUUUGUUUGACACUACGACACGAGAUAAACUAGUCGAGCUGCGGAGAGGGACCGACCCUGCAACACUCUACUGCAUUAACUUCAGCCACGACUCAUCCUUUCUCUGCGCAUCAAGCGACAAGGGAACUGUGCACAUAUUCGCUUUAAAAGACACCAAACUGAACCGUCGCUCUGCCUUGGCACGUGUGGGGAAGGUGGGUCCGGUCAUUGGACAGUACGUGGACAGUCAGUGGUCUCUGGCUAACUUUACCGUGCCUGCAGAAUGUGCUUGUAUCUGUGCUUUUGGGAAGAACACAUCCAAAAAUGUCAACUCGGUUAUUGCCAUAUGUGUUGACGGGACAUUCCACAAGUACGUCUUCACCCCUGAUGGAAACUGCAACCGCGAGGCUUUUGAUGUGUAUCUGGACAUUUGUGAUGAUGAUGAUUUUUGAAGCUGGAGAACUUUGAUCUGUAGCUAAAUGUAAAUUAGUACUUAAUGUUACAGCUUUGUUUGUUCUUGUUGCUUAUUUGUGUGAGUUUAUGUUGCUGCUUUGUAUAAUCACAUGUACAUAAGCUUUCUGUGUAAAGUGAAAAUAUGUUUAAUGAAGUUUGAUAAGAUACAAAUUUAAAGGUUUUAAAGUCUGUUGAGUGUCUUUGGGAAUCUCUUCACCAUUAUAGACCUUUGAAUGAUUUUCUAUUAUUCAUUAAAGUGCACCUAUUUCAUUGCUAAAAACAGCGUUAUUUUGUGUAUUUGGUAUAAUACCAUGUGUUUGCGUGGUUUAAAAAAACAUUAUUUUCCACACAUCGUUAAUUUUUGUAGCUCCAGAUAUCUCUGCUUUCCUCAAAUGCUUUUAUUUUUGUACAAAACUCAUCGAUCUGAAUAGCUCUGUGUCCCUGAUUGGCCAGUUAAUCUGUACGUUGUGAUUGGACUAAAUAUCUCUGAGGUCAGCUGGAAAUGUGACACUUCUUUCCAUGUUUAAAAGAUUCGCUCACAAUGCAAUGCUGACAGGAGUUAACUUACAGGCUGUGAGGCCUAAAUGGGAGGAGUUAUGAUAAUGACCGUCGUGUCCACGGAAAUAAACUGUUGCCUGCAAUCUGUGUGUUUGUUGUAGUGCAAGAAAAGAAAUUUAUAUUAAAAACGAUAACUCGC